CGCGCAGUGUUUGACGGCGUGGCUGUCGGGGCUGCGCUUUUAAGUGUCAUCUAGGAGAGGACUCUAGCUUGUCGCUCUGUAAUAGACUUUAACGUUAAAGCUUCUCCAUACGAAUUACAAGCGGGGACCCGCCCGGGCUCAGCGGCGCGUUCCUAGUGACGCCAUCGCGGAGGUCCAUUGCCUUCCCAUCGCGGAGGUCCCUGCUGGGCGUGGGGACGCAGUGCCGAGCGCCAUUGACGGCCUUUGCGAGAAAUGGCAAGAAAUCUUUUGAUGACACCAUCUUUAAAUGUGAGGACAAAAUUACUACAUCAAACGGGCUUGUCACUUUACAGUACAUCCCAUGGCUUCCAUGAGGAAGAAGUAAAAAAAAUACUUGAGCAGUUUCCUGGUGGAUCCGUUGACCUUCAGAAGGAAGAUAGUGGCAUUGGCAUUCUUACCCUGAACAAUCCAAGUAAAAUGAAUGCCUUCUCAGGAGUUAUGAUGCUACAACUUCUGGAAAAAGUGAUUGAAUUGGAAAAUUGGACAGAGGGGAAAGGUCUCAUUGUACGAGGGGCAAAAAAUACUUUCUCCUCAGGAUCUGAUCUGAAUGCUGUGAAAGCACUAGCAUCUCCAGAGGAUGGAAUGGCUUUAUGUAUGUUCAUGCAGAACACCUUAACAAGAUUUAUGAGACUCCCUUUAAUAAGUAUUGCACUGAUUCAGGGUCGGGCAUUGGGUGGAGGAGCCGAAUUUACUACAGCAUGUGAUUUCAGAUUAAUGACACCAGUGAGUGAGAUCAGAUUUGUCCACAAGGAGAUGGGUAUAAUACCAAGCUGGGGCGGUAGUACCCGCCUAGUUGAAAUAAUCGGCAGUAGACAGGCUCUCAAAGUGUUAAGUGGGGCCCUCAAACUGGAUCCAAAAAAAGCUUUAAACAUAGGAAUGGUUGAUGAGGUCUUGCAGUCUUCAGAUGAAACUGAAUGUCUAGAAGAGGCACAAGAGUGGCUAAAGCAGUUUAUCAAAGGGCCACCAGAAGUAAUUAGAGCUUUGAAAAAAUCUGUUUCUUCAGGCAAAGAGCUUUGUUUCGAGGAGGCAUUACAGAAUGAAAGAGAUCUCUUAGGGACAGUUUGGGGUGGAACUGCAAAUAAAGAGGCUAUUGCUAGGAGAGGAAAAUUUAAUAAAUGAUUUUUAAGAAUAUGAUGUACUAUAAGAACUCCAAUAAAUAUUUGUAGAAUUAUUAAAUAGGAAUACCAGGCUGCACUUAGCAUUUAAUAAUUUUUUGAAUAUUUGAACUCACUGACCUGAAAAUAGUUUUCAGCAUAUUUGGGUAAUUAUCUAGUAAUCUAGAAUAUUUGCCUAAAAUAUACAACACUUUUGGCUUAAAAUGAUCAAUUACCAUAGUUUUAGCUUGUAACAAAAGACCAGUUUUUAAAAGGAAAAACCUCUCCACAGAACCUAUUCCUGGGUUAUUUUUCAUGGUCUCUGUUCUGUCUUACCUGGAGAUAAUUUACAAAAAUAACUUAAUGAAAUAUGCACUAAAGAACAAAAGUGGAAGAGGGAUCAGGGAACAGGCUAACAAGGAGUAUCAUUUUCUUCUGCUUUAAGCAGUGGUAAUAAUAGGUAAAGAAUUGGGGAGAGGUACUUGGGUGACUCAGUUAGUGAAGCAUGCUACUGUUGAUCUUGGAAUUGUGAGUUUGAGCCCCACGUUGGGUGUAGACAUUACUUAAAAAAAUAAAAUAAUGUUUAGAAAGAACUGGA